AUGUUUAGUUGCCUCGAACAAAAUGUAAAAUUUCGUUUGACAGUUAAAAAAAAAGAAAUAGCUGUAAACAAACAAUGGAUGGAUGUUCAGUUAGAAAUUAAUUCGUUAAAAUAUAUCAUGAGACGGUUACCUCUUUGGAAAAUCGUAGUUUUACUGGGUUUUAGCUUUAUGAUAAUUUAUUUAUACUCUUGGAUUAGUAACGAUGAUGUGAAGAGCUUUGUACAUAGACCUCGGGCUCCAGUGAGCACUAAAUUAUUAACGUUAAGACAUCAAAGUACUAUACCUCAGAAGACUACCAUAAACAGGAUCGUUUUGUCGUUCGUUGUGUGUGACUCAAGAUUCAACGAAUCCCUGAAUGUGGUUAAAUCCGUGUUACUGUUUACUAAGACUCCUGUGCUCUUCGUCAUAUUCACAGACGACAAUCUUAAAUUGAAAUUCAAUGACACUCUUAGCAACUGGAGAGUGCUAACUGACUACCAGCUUGAUUUUGAGCUCCACAGCAUUAACUUCCCUGAGGAAUAUGUAGACGAUUGGAUGAACUUAUUCAGCAAGUGUGCUGCGCAACGACUAUUUAUACCGAAACUGAUAACCCACAUUGAUGCCAUGAUCUAUGUUGACACCGACACCCUGUUCCUGGGCCCCGCCGAUGAGUUGUGGCGCAAAUUCUCCCUGUUCAACAGCUCACAAAUAUCUGCCAUGGCCCUGGAAAAUGACAAUCCUAAUGUGUCUUGGUAUCCUAGAUUUGCUAAGCAUCCAUUUUAUGGAAAGUAUGGGCUAAAUUCAGGUGUGAUGUUAAUGAACCUGACAAGAAUGAGGGAUUUUGCUUGGGUUGACUAUGUAACCCCAAUUAUGCUUAAAUGGAAAUUGUAUAUACCAUGGGGAGACCAGGAUAUAAUAAACGUGAUAUUCCACUACCACCCCCGCGCGGUGCUGGAGCUGUCGUGCCGGUACAACUACCGCACGGACCAGUGCAUGUACGGCGACGCGUGCGCCGCCGCGACCGCCGACGGCGUGUUCCUCCUGCACGGCAGCAGGAAGGCCUUCCACGCGCACAAGCAGCCCGCUUUUGAGGCAGUAUACCGGGCCGUCGAGGAGUGGUCGGUCGGCUUGGACCCCUCCGACUUGCCGGCCGUCCUCGAGCGCUACUUCACGGAGGCCCCGCCCUCGCUCUGCGGCAACCUCAAGGACGCCUUCCUGAAGGUCCCCACGGCCACAAUAGCCAAGCUGCACAGAAAACCCGACAGGUAUAUACACAUUGCAGUAUACCGGGCCAUCGAGGAGCGGCCGUCGUCGAGCGCUACUUCAUAGCGCCCCGCCCUCGCUCUGCGGCAACCUCAAGGACGCCUUCCUGAAGGUCCCCACGGCCACAAUAGCCAAGCUGCACAGAAAACCCGACAGGUAGCGAUUUCAUCUUACCAAGUUGAAGAGCGAAGGGACCAUGACAACGAGGUGAAUAACUAAGACUAAAUUGGAGGUAAGGUUGGAAAAUGAUCUUUAAAAGUUAUCAUUAGUACAGUUUUUAUUUCAAAAGAGUUGGAUCGAAUCCGUAACUCGGUGCCUUUAAAUAAUAUUACAAGUUUACAACGAAUUACGUAUUCUUUUUCGACUAUCGUAGAAAUGCUGCCCAAUUAUUGUAAGGAUAGACUGACGUCUCAGUCGGACUCGAUUGGGCAGCUAGUAUCAAUCAAACAAAUUACAGGUAUCAUAGUUUACGUAAUAAGGUAGUUUCAGUCGCUUAACAUUAAAUUAUGAGUCACAGGAAACCGUCGCCUAAAUGCUGCUCCAUACAAUCGAUGUUACGCUGUCAUUAACGUGACAUACUUAUAUCUUUGUCUGGUAGUAUUAGUUGUUGAAAAAUGGUAUAGAAACAUUGACGUAUUAUAUCUAAGGACGGGCCUUACGGGCUCUAAAAAUGGUACUAGUUCAGCGGUGUCACUCACGAACUCGAGCCAAUCGUGCAGUCUAACGCAACUAGUUGCGACCACUCACGCGCGUGAUGUGGACUCGUCAACCAAUCACGCUGUAGCGGUGUCUCACCUCUGUACUAAGGGCCUACCGCGAGCCAUGUUCGACGUGUUGCCUUCCUGUCACACUUACGUAUGAAUUUACAAGUGCGACAGAGAGACAACACGUCGAACGUAGUACGCGGUAGGUCCUCUGUCCCCAUUCGAGUUCGAAUCGGGCGGUGUAUGGCGGCGGCUAGGUUCGUGUGACUCUUAAUCUAGAGAGCGACUAAGGUAUUUAAAUGUAUUACAUUAUUUAAUCUAAAUUACUACUCAUAUUUAGUCUUCGAAUUCCGUGAUUACGUUAGUAAAUAAAAGUUGUGUUUCGGAAAAAAUGGACCUUAUUACGGCAGUGUAAUGCAUCUACUACUCUACUAGUAUACGUAAUGACGAUGAUAAUGAUCAUUACUAUUCAUUAAAAUCGGCCAAGAGCAUGUCAGACCAUCCUCAGUGUAGGGUUUCGUAGUUACCAUUCCGUAAAAGGUAACGGAUGGUUACAGUUCACGAUUCAAUUAAUGGUUGACGGUCAAAAAUUGUCAAUUGCAUUAACGUUUCGGCCAGCACUGGAAUUACCUUUGCAGCGCUUUUUACGUCGUUUUACUAAGAGGAGAAGUUUUUAUGCAAUAACACAAAAACGACUGGAUCGAUCAUGUACGCAAUAGUUUUCAUUUAAAGUAUUUAUUAUAGGUCAGAAAAUGAAUGCUUAAAAAACGUUGUAGAGGGAAAUGCUAGGAACACAAUUUUUGACUCCGUAACUUUGUUUAGACUAGUUGGGAGGUGAACAUAUCAAAAGUCCCCGGCUGUAGUCCCGGUGCUGGGGGGUAGAGGGGGGUACGAAGGUCGAAUUUUUCGGUUUUUCAUUGAUAUCUUGGAAACUUUGCGUCUUAGCGACAUGACUACUAAGACAAACCGAAAGCUGAUAAAAUUAGUUACAAGUUUUAUCUAGUCAAGUUUUUCGAUAUCCUGAAUAGUUUUUGAGAUAUCCGCUCUUGAAAGUUUAUUUAGGGAUUUUAAUAAUUUUAUCUUGAUAUCUACAUCAGUGAAGCUGUUAGGCCGUGUUUGGUAACAUUUUCGUGUAAAUCGGGGGUGCUGAAUUAAUUUAUGGUAUCACAUUGCCACUAUUCCGAAGUAAAACCAAAAUUAAAAAAAGGUAUUUGUUUAAAGUUUAUAUGUUUUUUCUUAGGAAUGGUGUCAAUGUGAUACCAAUUAUUCAGCGCCCCCAAUUUAUACGAAAAUGAUACCAAACAUGGCCUAGCAGCUUCACUAAUGUAGAUAUCAAGAUCAAAUUGAAAGCCCUAAAUAAACUUUCAAGAGCGGAUAUCUCAAAAACUAUUCAAGAUAUCGAAAAACUUGACUGAAUAAAACUUGUAACAAAUUUUAUCAGCUUUUGGUUUGUCUUAGUAGUCAUGUCGCUAAGACGCAAAGUUUCCAAGAUAUAAGUGAAAAAACCGGCCAAGUGCGAGUCGGGGUCGCGUUCCAAGGGUUCCGUAUUACACAAUUUUUAACAAUGUAAACAAUGUAUUUUUUUAUGUGAAACGUGAGUGAAACGUCUUUAAAAAAUCCGUAGGGGUUGGAUCAAAAACUAAGUAAUUAAGUCCGACUCACGCUUGGCUGUAGAUUUCUAAUAGGUUUUCCUGUUAUCUAUAGGUAUAGGCAUAUUUUAUGUAAUUUUUUUCAAAAUUUUAGACCCAGUAGUUUCGGAGAUAAAGGGGGGGGGGAAUGGUCAUUUUUUGUCUAUUUUCUGGAAUUACUUCUAAACUGUUUAUACGAAAAAUAUAAAAAAUAUAUAUUUGAGAUCCUCACAAUAAGCUCUUUCAUUUGAUAUGUAACACGAUAUAGUUUGAAAAACUUUAUUUAUUAAUUUUCUCAUUUACCCCCCAAAAGUGGCCCCCAUGUUUAAAAUUCAUUUGUUUACGUUGCAUGUCCGUCUUUGGGGUCACAAACUUACAUAUAUGUACCAAAUUUCAACUUAAUUGGUCCAGUAGUUCCGGAGAAAAUCGGCUGUGACAGACAGACGUACGAGUGAUCCUAUAAGGGUUCCGUUUAUUCCUUUUGAGGUACGGAACCGUUAGAACCGAAAAAUGAGACCUUCUUUCCCUACCCCCCAGAACCGGGGCUACGGGCGGGGACUUUUGAUAUGUUCACCUCCUAACUAGUCCAAACAAAGUUCAUCAUCAUCAUCAUUAACUUAAGAGGUAUUCUCUUGUCGGUGGAGUAUCUUCCAGCUUUCCCUAUCCUGCGCCAGCUCUUUGACUUUACAACAAAACCAAACUUUCCAAACAAUGUUACGGAAUCAAAAAUUGUGUUCCUAGCAUUUCCCUCUAUAGUCUAUACCUUCUUAUUGCUUGGCCUAUUAAGCAUUCUAGGUGACUAUGAAACCCUAAAAAUGAGAUCAAUCAUAUAUUUCAACUUCAAGUGAGAUAUACACUUUGCGACGUUUACUGCACUAAGGUACAUUUUUUCUGAGGCACAAUUAAAUGUCACCAAUGUAUUUAUAUUUAUACAGUUAAGAUUUAAAGUAUUUGAAAUGUUGCCUUAAUAUAAUAUCAUAGUAUUCACGAGGGUAUUAUGUUAAAUUAAAUACACCCAUUUUUGUUACCAAGAGACCAACUGACAUUAUUACCUUGUGUAAGUUUACAUUUAUUUACUGUUUAUUGGCUUUGUCGUAGCCUAAGCAUUUAUUUAUAGACAAAGAGCUGAAUCGGAAAAUGGUAAACGCCAAUGAGAGCAACGCAACCGCUCCAGUUAUAUGCUACACUAUUGAUAUUAAAGUACUUGAGUCAGGAAACUCACUCCGGCCUCCACCAAUGGACAGCUGCCAGAUUCGUGAAACAAGUAAUAAAUUCAGUAGUACAUAUAAACUAAUUAGACCGGUUUUAUCGCUCUCAUUAUCAUAAAUCACUCUCCGGGAGCUCUUAGUCUAAUAAUUAUUCGUUAAUGUGACGCACGCACGGUUAAUAUUUAAUCUUGUUAGAAGUUUUCCAUUCUCAGAAAAUAUGUCUGCUAUCUGAUGACUGCGACGGUAUAUUUAUGUAUAAAAUGUAUGUAUGUAAAGAGUUAAUCGUAGGGUGACAAGCAAAAGUCACUAAGUACUACCACAAGUUCAUAUAGCCAUAGUGAACUAUAUUAGUACUAAACGAAGGUCGAUUUUUGUAUUUUUUUUUUUUGUGAUUAGUGACUUUUGCUUGUCACCUGACGAAAUGGGUUGUGUUUAGACGCAACCGUAGACCUGAGUACCUCCGAGUUCUCAUGAAAUGGGAACAACAGGGGAGUUAUUGGACUGAACAAAGGACCACUUACACCAAUCACAAUUAGUCAAUCACAUUAGUAAUUUUUAUUUGUUUUACUUCAUUAUAUUUCCCAAGUUAUCGUGACAAAUAGAUUUCCGCAUUAUUAUAGAUACCUACCUAGUUACCUACUUAGGGAUCUAAGUGUUAAUUGGGUAAACAAAUAUGAUUUUGAAAGUGACUGAUAAAAAUGAGUUUCACAUUUUGAGUAUAUUUCAGGCAAUUUUUGCUCGUUAAAAUGCCCGUGGUUCGUAUUCAUUCGGUUCCCAAUGAACCUGGGACCUAAUGCAGAAAUUGAGCAAAUCAAGGAGAACACGAACAUCUACUUAGGUACUCGUUUACGUCUGCUGACGGCUGUCGAUGCGAUUGAAGAGAGAAAGGAAGUAGAAUUUACCCGGAGUCUGUUUCUAAUCUUUGUCGCUUAUCUUAAUCGCUGCAUUCACUACUGUGUCUCCGUGAAACGUAGUUAGAAUACAUACACACACAGGUUGACCAAAUAUAAAUUUACCUAUAUGUAGGUACUAAAUUCAGUGAAAUGUGCAGCGACAUGAGUCAGACCUUGCAAGUAAUAAGGGUACGUAAAUUCGGAGUUCCCAAGCCAAAACCAGAUUAAACUACCAUGUAUUAGAGGGCGCCUUGAACACAACGGAAGUCAUACUGAAUAACAGGAAAGAAAAUUAUACAUAAUAUUAAAACCUUGACCUGUUAGAGACAUGCAAAAGUUUAUAAUUUAAUUUAUUCAAACAUUAGACCAGCGGUGGAACAAAAAUGGGUUUUGAUAACAUUAAAGUUUUUUCUUUUUUGAUAUGUUAUUGUAAGCAUGUUAAAUAACAUUCAUGUAAAAAGUUAGAAAAUUUUAGGUGGAGCGUUCGGCCAUAUUUAAAUUUUCAAUUUUUGCUAAAUAACUAUGUAAAUAUAAAAUUAAAGUUACAAAAAACUUUAACAUAUUCAAUAACACUUUAAUUUAUUCACAAUAUUCGGUUUUUAGAAAUCUGGAACAGCUGCUUUCUGGUGAACGUAAAAACAGGAAUUAUUAUGUAAAUACAGAAUUAGAGUAGCUGAUAUUGCAAAAUUACGAUAUUAUCUAUCAACUUAGUAUACAUGUAAAAAGUUAGAAAUGUAGACAAUGUGCUUGUCUAGAUAUUGAUUUCUCGUUAAGCAGUAUAGCCAAUAUUGAAUUAAAGUUUGUAGAGUUAAU